GGUAUAUUGUGUAUAUUUCAUUAGUAGUUUGCAGUGGAUUUUGGUUUGGUAUAUUUGGAUUUAAUAUAUUGCUUGUUUUUAGAUGUUUGAUAUCAACACAUUUUUUCCAGGGAAUUCACUUGAUACAACAACAGCCACAUCAAAUGUCUGAAAUCAAUGAGCUCUUAAAACCUGCAGUCCGAAAUAAGGAUAAGAUAUUGAAACGCUCUAUAUCUCAACCACAACUUUUGAAAAGUUCUACAAAAUUACAUAAAGGAGCAAUCUUAAGUCUUGGCAAGAAACUGAGCCUGAGUUACUCAAAUAGCAGUUUGAUCUCAGAAUCUUACGGUAGCACAUUUUAUUUGUACACUGUUCUGUGGCUGUGUAUCAUGAUGCUUUUUUGGAAAAAUACCAUGCUGCUUCCACUACUUCCAGUGCCAAUCUUAUUUUAUAUGUUGAAACACCUUGGGAUAUACUUAGGUUAGUUAGGAUUUCUUAAUAAAACCAUUUAUUUUGUCAUUUAUUAGAAGAAAAAGAUUUAAUAUUCCUCUUGUAUGCAUUUAGGUCUGUGGAAUUACCUGUACAACAAGGUUAUGGACGUUUUUCGUAUUGUCAAAGCUUGGUGCGAGGAGAGACACGAUGCUUUGGUUCCCGUCCCAAUAAGAGGGUUAUACAGGGUGAUUCACAGAACCAACACUGUAUUGAAGAUGAGUAUCAGUGACAGCAUUGACACUUUUGCUAGUUUGGUCGUCAUACUUGGAUUGAUCGUAUUCUUGAUAUGUGCUUCCAUUUUUAUAGCACUCCAGGUAUGUUUUUCGCGAGGCAAAGAUUGUUUUGGAAGUACUUUUUAUCAAAAUUCUAGCAGUCACAAAAUGAGAAUGACACCACAAUCCAUAAUAACUGAAGACACUGCAAGCGCAAUCCAUGCACUCUGUUUUUCUGCCUUGCAUACCCGUAAAGAAAUAGUGCAACUUAAAGGCCAUGUAUUUUACUGCUGAAAUAUCCGUGUUUUUCUAUAGAUCUAUGCGGAGGCCAUCAUGUUAGUACAAAUGACAGGUAAUGUGAUAAACCAGACGGUCGUCCACAAUCCUGAAUUGAGACAAGUUUUACCACCAGCUUGGGACGACACAAUCGAUUCUAUAUUGGAUAACGCCUAUCAGUAUGGCAGACAAGGCAUAUCAAAAGCUGUUAAAAGUAUGAUGUCUGAUGUUGACACUGCCAAAUCGGACAAACUAGAACAACAAGUACUUGAGCUCUGGGACAGAGUUUAUCAAAAUUGGAUGUCUCCAAAUAAUAGCCACGGGCCUCAAGUUACCGAGGAAGCGGUGAGAACGUCGUGGGAAGCUUUUGUUAAUGAUCUACAGAAGUCUUCAGAAAUGCUGAAUGUAAACGCACUUGUCGAAUUCUGCAAGCAGAACAUAGGUACUUUGAUGUCGCUUUUGGAAUCGAUAUGGGGGAUACUAAAAGGAAAUAUCAGCUUAAUUUUAAGCUCCUUCAGUACAUUUUUAUCUGUAAUCCUUGGUGGUGGCACUGCUGUGAUGAACUUCAUACUUAAUAGCGUUGUGUUUUUGACAACGCUUUUUUAUCUGUUGAAUUCGAGUUCCGAUUUAUACAAACCUCUGGAGGUUCUGAUAAAUUUCUCCCCAAGUAGCAGAAGGUUUGGGCAUGCCUUAGAAGCAGCAAUAAAUGGAGUGUUCUCAGCUUCUUUCAAAAUGGCUGCGUUUUAUGGCUUGUGGACAUGGUUCAUUCAUAAUCUUUUUUGCGUCAAGAUCGUCUAUCUUCCUUCUGCAUUUGCUACAAUAUUAGGAGCAGUACCAUUUUUGGGCACCUACUGGGCAUGUAUUCCUGCUGUUCUUGAUCUUUGGCUGGCCCAAGAUCGAGGAAUUGCAGCGAUUCUGUUUGCUCUCUUCCAGUUCCUACCAACUUCAGUUGUUGAUACCACUAUAUACAAAGAAAUUAAGGGCGGCGGUCAUCCUUACCUGACAGGCUUGGCAAUAGCCGGCGGAAUAUUCUGUUUGGGCGUAGAGGGAGCUAUCAUAGGGCCUAUGCUAUUAUGCGGUUUGUACGUUGCUGUCGAUCUAUCCACUAGUCUAUUCAGAGACUCUCCUUCUGAAGGAUCUCUCAACUUGAGAAUUCAUCAAUUGCAAGAUACCAGUUAAGGUCGUUGCUGGCUUCCAAUACUGAGGAAAAUGUAUAGAUAUAUUUUGUAAAACAGAGAAAAUCGCCGAAUAGUCUAAACAUUUCAAGCCCAAUCUAUUCAUUUCGUUGUUAUGUAGAGAGUGCUCUCGAAAGGAAAUCUACAUAUAAAUAAAAUCAAAAGUUAAAGAUACAUAGGUGUCCAUUGCCUGGUGAAUCUAAUAACACGUAUAAUUCAAUUUAUGUUUAUUGUACGACGUUUCGGCCACCGAGGUGGCUUUUUCCAAGUACAAUGAUAAUUAAAGCCAGUAUAGUUUGUUCAUCUGUCCUUCAGAUGACAGUUCGUGGAAGACAGACAUAAAUUACACUGUCAUUAAUAUUCAUUAAACUUUAAAAAGGCCACCGUGGUGAAAGCAGUAAGAGAUAUGUAGUUUGAUUCGGCCAGACAAUGCAGUCCCCUAUGAACAUGAAAACCACAUGAUAAGUUUCAAGAGUUGAACUCGACGUAUAAUUUUUCUUCUUUAUUUAUAACUUUCGUAUCGCUUUGACAUGUUCUGUGUAUAUUGUUCUGCAUUCUACAAUGUUGAAUACAUCACUGUUUAUUCUUGUUACCAGUUAAAAUGAACAAAUUUAACACGAAACUCGAAUAAUCGUUAAGUUUAGAUUUUUUUACAUGUACC